AGCAGCCUACAGUUCAGUUCGAGGACCAUGAAACUCCUAACCGUUUUCGCAUUCGCCAGUGUGGCAACGUUUGUGGUGCUGCACAGCGCCUACGGCUCUCCACUGCCAGAGCCAGUUCCAGACCAGAGUCCAGCUGCCGAUCCCAGCCCAAAAGCGGAUCCGGAGCCCGUGGCCAGUCCGGUAGCCGACCCAGGUCCGAGUCCCAGCCCGGGGCCAGUGGCCAAUCCCAAUCCCUUGCCGGCACCUUCUCCGCUGGGAUCAAAGGGACCUCAGGCCGCCGGAGGUGAUGCCAAAAUCGUGGCCUACUCCGCGAACGCGGAACCAAUGGGUCCGGCCCCAGGAGCUGCUCCCCUCAAGAUGGACGACGUCCAGCCCGAUACCCUUGCGGCUUAGUCAGAGGAUGCGAAUGUCCCAUUUUUAAGGAGCGGCAGCAUCAGCAGCAGCCAAAUCUAACCACAGCCUGCGCACCCACACACAAGGAAGACACACACACAUAUAUUAUAAUCUCUGGUAUUUAACAUAUGUAUGCACUUAUGUAUUCCAACUAUUAGCAUGGGCAUUAAUAAAAUUGCAAAAAAACGA